AUGGAGGAGCGUUCAUUAGAGCGAGUAGACGACUUUCUAAUUCAAGAGAUUCAAGAGCCACUUCCUCAAUUUGCCAAACCUUCUAUUGUUGUUGUUAUUGCUGAUCGGCCAGCUCCAAUCUAUGCUCACAUCAACAUGUCAGUUCCGGAGCCGAUUUUCGAGCAUUUAGAAGAUUCCAUUUGUGAAUCAGUUCUUGACCAAACAACUGAUUCGAAUGGAGUGGGGGUGGAUUUGGAAUUGAGAGCUCGACAAGAAGAGGAAUUCGCUGACAUUCAGUUCGAUGUUUGGGGUGAAGAUUCUCAAUUCUUUGUGCUCUCCUACGUCGAAACAGUUCUAUCAACAAGGCUUGAGACAUCUGGAGUGGUGUACUCCGCAGCUUCAGUAACCAUGAACUACAGAGAAUGCUCAAGAACUACAGUAACUUGCUCACCGACUACUUUUCCGAUGACAACCCAAGUUCCGCUCGAACGGACACCGCUCGCAUUAGCCGAUCGGGUAAUCCUUCUCUCUUUCUCUUUUUUGUUUAUUAUUUCAUCUUGGUUUGUUAAGGACCAACUUCGUGCAAUGAUUGUAUUACUCAAUGAGAGCAAUGCGGUCCUGGUGAGCAUUUCCAGACAAUCGCUCCGUCAAUGAUCAUUGCAGCUCAAAAUUCGUCAGCGGUUCCCGUUGAGUGCGUCGACACGCUGCGACGUCAUACAACGUCAAAUUCAGAUACAACUGCAGGAGCUCUUCGGGGAGUUUCGAAGCAAUAAUGUGACAAGAUUCAGGGUGGGUGGGUUGUAUAGAAUAUUGUAGGAAGGUAACAAAUUACGUUUUCUUGUGCAAACAAUAAGACAAUGUAGAAUCACUUUUUGUCCAUAUUUCGAUUUUUGAAAAACAUUUUACUCAAAAACAUGUUUCCCGGCCCGCCUUAUAACUGUUUUCUCUAGAAAGCUUUAACCAAAUUUUUGAAUUUUGAAAUUUUCAGGCAAGCAUCCCCCAAAAUCGUGAAGUCUUCGUCGGCAUCUGGAAUCACCUGGCCCAGUUGAUCGUCGACUUGUGCUACCACGAAUAA